AUGUCUAGACUGAAAAUGAAUAUACAGAGGUUUCGACUUAGGGACUCUCUUAAGCGACGAGAUAGUCAUGGCAUUUCCGAAAGGAAGAGAAGGAGACUGAAAAGACGGGUGUACAGUGUAAUCGGACCUAAUCAUUUAUGGCACAUCGAUACUAACCACAAACUUAUUCGAUGGCAUUUCGUAAUAUGCGCUGGAAUAGAUGGGGUCAGUCGUCUAAUAACAGUUUUGUCUUGUGCUGAUAACAACAAAGCACCGAAGGUACAUGACUGUUUCAUGCAAGGCACACAGAGAUACGGUAUUCCGGUUCGAGUGCGAUCUGACAUGGGCAUGGAAAAUAUCAAGGUGGCCGAAUACAUGGGUAGUGUUCGAGGACCACAUUCUAUGCUCGUCGGGAAAAGCACGCAUAAUGAUGAAGCAUUGCUUGAUGUUCUUAUUGAGAAGCAUCUGUAUGUACUCCAUCAUGUCUACAUAGGCAUGAUCAAUGAACGCUUAAAUGUCUGGAGGAACGCUUGGAAUAACCAUAGAAUUCGAACAGUGAAAUCGACGCCACUACGACUGUUUACGGCUGAAAUGUUGAACAAUGCCCCUGAAGAGCCAGGCUAUCAUCUUAAUUAUGACCAACAUCUAACUAUUACAACCGAAGAUAAUGACACCGAGGAUGGUUUGGGGCAAAGACCUAUUUUUGAGUUCAGGAACCUACGCUUAAACAGAGAAUGUUUGGAGUUGCUUGAAAACGAAUGUCCACAGAACUGGGUCUCAGACAACAACGGCAUUGAUGUAUUUGUAAAAGCAAAACAAAUCAUAGAUAGAUUUUAGGGUGGUAUAUAUAAUAAUAGGGAAAUCGAAAUGCAAAUACAUUUGUAGUUUAAAACAAGCAUAGUUAUUUGUUAAGUUAUUCACUUUUUGAUUGUUUGACCGAAAUCAUUAAAGUUUGACUAAGUUUUGCAUUGAACUAUCUUGUUAUUUCAUUUCGUUGUAUUUGUAUUUUAGUAAUUAUCACAGACGGCGGACGCAAACACUAG